AUGGAGCUCGGGAUAGGAAACCAAUCCCCGUCCCUGGGCGAGAAUGACUGCUCCAACACACAAGACAACACUCAACUGAAUACCGAGGUCAAUGAGGAGACGCCGGUGAGAAGCAACACUCAACUGAAUACCGAGGUCAAUGAGGAGACGCCGGUGAGAAGCAACACUCAACUGAAUGCCGAGGUCAAUGAGGAGACGCCGGUGAGAAGCAACACUCAACUGAAUGCCGAGGUCAACGAGGAGACGCCGGUGAGAAGCAACACUCAACUGAAUGCCGAGGUCAAUGAGGAAGCGCCGGUGAGAAGCAACAAUCAACUGAAUACCGAGGUCAAUGAGGAGACGCCGGUGAGAAGCAACACUCAACUGAAUGCCGAGGUCAAUGAGGAAGCGCCGGUGAGAAGCAACACUCAACUGAAUACCGAGGUCAAUGAGGAGACGCCGGUGAGAAGCAACACUCAACUGAAUGCCGAGGUCAACGAGGAAGCGCCGGUGAGAAGCAACACUCAACUGAAUACCGAGGUCAAUGAGGAGGCGCCGGUGAGAAGCAACACUCAACUGAAUGCCGAGGUCAAUGAGGAGACGCCGGUGAGAAGCAACACUCAACUGAAUGCCGAGGUCAAUGAGGAGACGCCGGUGAGAAGCAACACUCAACUGAAUGCCGAGGUCAAUGAGGAGACGCCGGUGAGAAGCAACACUCAACUGAAUGCCGAGGUCAAUGAGGAGACGCCGGUGAGAAGCAACACUCAACUGAAUGCCGAGGUCAAUGAGGAAGCGCCGGUGAGAAGCAACACUCAACUGAAUACCGAGGUCAAUGAGGAGACGCCGGUGAGAAGCAACACUCAACUGAAUGCCGAGGUCAACGAGGAAGCGCCGGUGAGAAGCAACACUCAACUGAAUACCGAGGUCAAUGAGGAGACGCCGGUGAGAAGCAACACUCAACUGAAUGCCGAGGUCAAUGAGGAAGCGCCGGUGAGAACCAGACGUGGGGGCCGUCGGGGACAUCGACGUUCGGCUCAGCAGCAAUUGACAGCAUCCACGACAACAAUGGAAACGGGGUCAACGUGUACAACGUCCAAGCCGAUGGAAACAGUCGUGGUGCCGGUAAGCGGUGAGGCGGCAACGUCGUCUGAAGAUCCGCGUCCGGUAAAUCGUACGUCUGUGCGUCGACGGGCCAAAGCCACCAGCACCACCGUUACAAAAGUGGUGACUGGGGUUUCUUUAGAAGAUCUUCGAGCAAAGCGUAACGGCACGGCUGCCGAUGGCGUUCCAGGAGGAGAUGCGAAAACAAUUGAAGAGGUCAGUCGUAUUCUUUUUAUGUACGCAUCACGAAAUCCACAUGGUGGCAAAUCUUACUUUAGCAGGCGUCCUGGUCCUUUUUCAAGUGACGUGAAUUUAUGCAAGGUGGGCGUGGAGAAGGAAGGAGAUGGUGUGGAUGCGGCGGCAGAAGGGAGCGGCAUGGACACAACAUCAUCAACACCCGAAGGAACUGAAGAGAAGAAAAGUGGGCUUUUUGUGGGAGAGUUGCCACACCCCGAUGGUGAUUAUACGGGCCUCCCUGAUGUUUAUGCCCAUGUGAUGUCGCUUAUUCUUUCAGGGGAUUUGCCACCCAAAAGCUUAGAGGUAUUACAUGCCAUGUUGUCUCACACCCCACGCGGGGGGGUAUUAGACCCAUUUUCUGCAUCAAGGAGGAGCAAGCAUGGUUUUACCCAACCAGGGUUUCAAUAUAGAAUGGGAGAUGCAAUGCAACAGGGGUCACAGCGUUUCUUCACAUGCUUCGACUAUUGCUCACAACAACAACAACAACAACAACUGGAGUUGAUGGGUUUGAUGGAGGAAAAUUUUUGGGGGUAUGGUGGCUUUAAUUCGUACAUAGAUCAAUCAUACAUGCAUGGAAUGGGCUGCUCUCAGUUCAACAUGAUGCCUUUUUAUCCUCACCCCAUGGACCAACAAGAAGCCACACCGGACCAUGCGUAUUCUAAUGAAAGGGCCAUGUCCUAUUCGUUUCUAGGCGAGCAGGCUUCACAGCAUGAAGAAGCUUAUCCGAUAUAUAAUCACGGUGUGAAAAUAGAUGGUGCAGGAGGGUACGAAGGAUAUAUAUACCCACUGGAAGAAUAUGAGAAGUGGAACGUAAAUAAAAAGGAGGACGGUAUUAAUAGCAAUCAUAAUAAUAAUAAUAUUAAUAUUAAUACUAAUGCUUAUGAUGAUGAUGAUGAUGACGAUGCGGAUGUCACGGCAAUGUUGCAGGAUGUUCGGGAUGCCGUGCAACGGGCAUCGUCACCUCGGCAGUUGGGUGACGCCAAUUCUUUGAAUGAUGCAGUUGCAGGUUCAUUGAAUGGAAGUUGCAAUGAACACUCGGAAGAAACCCCAUUUUCCUCCUCGCUUCCAGCGCCGUGUGUUACGAUCAGUCAAACGGAGCGUGACUCAUUGCGGUCCUUUCAGCAGGCAUUCCUUGCUCGCAUGCGGGUAACAGGAUCGCCGGAGUGGAAUUCCCCUGGUGCGACUUCGCCAAGAAGCCUCCUGCGUGCUCUUGUGGAUGACAAUGACGUGAAUGACCUUACGUUGGGGCAGCCACAGCCGCCACCGCAACAACUACAAGAGCAGCAACAACAGCAGCAGCAGGAGCAGGAAGAUGAUGCUGACGACGGCAGGUACACAACGAAUCGCACGCUUUUUUCUUACCGCACCACCUUUUUAGAUGAAGAAGAAGAAGGCGAAUACGAUGGUGGCAGCGGUGAUCUUGACGACAUCCUGACCCCUGACGAGCCUGCACCCCGUGGUGAUUCUGUAGCAACCACCGCCGCCCCACGGGAAAGCCACCACCAACCACAACCACAACAGCAACAGCAACAGCAACCGCAAGAACAAGAGCACUGGCAGGAGAGUUGCAGCGAGACGACAUCGAAGACGGGACAAUUCUCGCUACCUUUUUCUGCAAUGCGUGGUGAUGCAGCGGAGGACACGCAAGAGAUAUUCUUAGCGGCAGAAAGCAAUCUUUGGUCCUGGACCCCGAGUGAUGGCAAGCGGGAGGGAUUGGGAGCUGAAGGGGCAACUGUGAAGAAAACAACAGCAGCGACACCGUCCAGGCGGUGGCUAUACGUGGACGAGCCCAAGGAAUGUUACACUUUCUCCGCCACGCCACAGCAGCCAACUACACAAAAGAAACAAGUGAGAUGGAAGGAUGACCACUCGCCAUAUUUUCCGGCCGCAUGGGAUCUCGCGGUGCCAAUGUUUCCCGCAAUGUUAGGAAUGACGUCAAGCAUGACUCCUGCAACCACCAUGAGGGCAAUAAAGUUGUCACCGUCACAAGGGAUGGCCAAGACAAGUCCGGCACCUCUUAACUUUAAUGCGAUACCAUUCAUCCCGUCUCGCGCGGGGGUGUGA